GCUCGGGCUGGUUGGUCGGGACGCUUGACAAGUCCCGCAGAAAACUUCUGAGGGGCAAAGUCCAGCUUGAGCGUGAGGGAGACAGGGUGGAAGUUGGUGUGUGAGAGUGCGCUGGGAACUAAAUCACAUGUUAUUUUAAAGAAAUGCUCCAAAGAUGGCGGUGGUAAUAGCGACGGGAGUUUCUGGUGCCUCCGGAGUGCAAAAAAGUGGAUUUGUGGAGGUUUUGGUGCGGGAGCGGUGGCACAAAGUUUUGGUCAACUUGAACGAGGAAGCGCUCACGUUAAGCUGCGAAGAGAGCAGCGCUAACGACAACGUGACCGACAAUGUCAACUCUAACGGCGUUGCCAACGGAUCUUACCUGGACAACAAUAACACCAACUCCAACAACGGACCCCAAACUCUGCGCUCCGCGUUCACAGACCUCCCGGAGCGAGUACCCGAGGCGAUCGCCAACAGAAAGCGGUGCGUUAAGGUGACCAAGCAGGAGAUCGGGGGGCUCGGGAUCAGCAUCAAAGGGGGGAAGGAGAAUAAAAUGCCCAUCCUCAUCAGCAAGAUAUUCAAGGGGCUCGCAGCGGACCAGACCCAGGCUCUGUACGUCGGGGACGCCAUCCUGUCCGUGAACGGUAUGAACCUGCGGGACGCGACCCACGACGAGGCUGUGCAGGCGCUGAAACGGGCCGGGAAGGAGGUGACCCUGGAAGUCAAGUACAUGCGCGAGGCCACGCCAUAUGUCAAAAAGGGCUCCCCAGUGUCAGAGAUCGGCUGGGAAACUCCUCCUCCUGAAUCUCCCCGCAUUGGCAGUCCUCCCAUCACCUUCUCCUCCACCUCAGACCCUCCGAGCCCCUCCACCCAGCCCUCCCUGUCUCUGCAGGGCGACAGAAGGUGCAUACCACUCAAGAUGUGUUAUGUAACCCGAGCCAUGACCACACCAGACCCUGAAAACAGACAACUGGAGCUACACUCUCCUGACGCCAGGCACACUGUGGUGCUGCGGUGCCCAGACCAACCAUCUGCCCUGUCCUGGUUCUCUGCCAUGCACUCUGUCACAUCCACGCUGGCACAGCGGGCGCUGGCAGAGGUCAUCCAGAACACAGCCAGGACGGGGGUUGCUGGCAGCAAAGAGAUACGACACCUGGGAUGGCUGGCAGCGAAGACAGAGAGUGAGAAGCAGAGCUGGAGGCCGGUGCUGGUGGUAGUGACAGAGAAAGACCUGCUGCUGUACGACAGUCUACCACGAGGCAGGGAGGCCUGGCAGAGCCCUGCACACACUUAUCCACUUUUAGCAACACGUCUGGUCCACUCUGGUCCUGACCGGGGGUCCCCUCACUCUGGCACGGAGCUGUUCUUUGCCACUCGGACUGGCACACGACUCGGCAUCGAGACUCAUCUGUUUCGGGCUGAGACCACCAAGGAACUGUCCCUGUGGACCAGACACAUAGUCAACGGAUGUCACGCCUCGGCUGAGAUGAUCAAAGAAGUCACUACGAGUUGUCUGUACCGGGGUCAGGAGUGCCGGCUGGUGAUUCACUACGAACAAGGCUUCUCUGUGCUGGCUGACCCUAAACUGGCAGACGGGGAGAACGGGGAGGAGAGAGGGGCUCACACUCCUUCAAGGCCCAGAGUGCUCCUCUCAUACCCCUACGAAAAACUAAAGAUGUCCUCAGACGACGGAGUCCGCAUGCUGUUCCUCGACUUCGGAGGGAACGAGGGAGAGAUACAACUGGACCUCCACUCAUGUCCAAAGCCAAUUGUUUUCAUCCUCCACUCCUUCCUGUCCGCUAAGAUCUCCCGCCUGGGUCUGGUGGCCUGACAGCCUCUCUAAAGGGACAUUUCACCUCCUUUAAAAAACAGUAACAGAAAUCCACCUUGUUUCUACACCUAUCUGCAGCCCGCAUGCAGUACACAACGUCAAAACUCCUUCAGCAGGGGACCCAAGCUGAGUGAAUGUAGCUUCUUUCUGGAAAUGGACCUUUUUUGGGUCUCCAACUCUAAAUCAAAGAAACACUGGAGAAACCAAUCCAAGCUGGUUUUUGCUGUGAGUGAAAUGGACAGAUUUUUUGGGGACAAACCCUCCCUUUAAGGGCUGCAUGGACUGAAGUGUUGGCUGAAGAACCACAGAAGAAAACAUGGACUGGACUAGAUGCAGAAGGAUGAUACAUAUAUAUAUAUAUACAGACAGAGGGACACACUGAAAGGAGUAGAUUGGGCAUUACUGUCACGUCCAGGAUUGGAAGGACUGGACAAGUGCAGCAGGGGUUGAGAUGAGUUUACUUUUAAUUCAGUCAAAAUGUAAUAGCAAACUGCCUUCCAUUUACCAUUUAUAUAAUUUAUUCACCAUUAGCUCUGAAAAGACAGUCUGAAUUUCGCUUGUAAUUUUUCUUCCACAAACACUUGGCACACUGUGGAAAAACAUUUGUCAUACAUUUGUCUUUGUUAGCGUCCCCUGAGAUGUCUUGUUAGCCGUGUCAGCAUUCAUCAUUGAAACUGGGAGCCACAAUCGGUGGCACAGAUUCCCACAAUGUGACAGCCGACUCAAAUUCAAAUAGUCUCAGUAUUCUUUUAGCGGGUUGCGUAUGGUGACCAUCUGGUGGUAUUUCAGUGUUUGACUGAUUUGACAGUGAUCUGACAUCAGCUACUGUAUAAUGGCUUCAAAUAUAAAAAAAAAAAAACAUUGGCUUCAGUUACAUGAAUUAUAAUUUACUCAAAUAUUCGUUUUUUCUUUUGUCAUAUUUAAAUUCUUUGUCCCAUUUAUCAUUUAAAAACAGGAAAAAAACUCAACUCAUCCAAGUUUUGAAAAAUUAGAAUAAUAGCCUGCUAUGACAAUUUUGUCCUCAACACCGGGGAACCAGCUGGAACUUACUGUUGUUUCUGUACUUGCAAUUACAUAUUUCACAGUAACACUAGUAUUACAUAUUCGCAGAUGUUUACGAUAAGGAUAUACAGAUGUAUAUGAUUCAUUUAUCCUUAAUAGUGCCAUCGGUAAAUAAUAAGGUAAUAUUCAGAAUUCAUAGGUAAACACAUUUUGACCAGAUAAAUUUAAGGCAAUAGUUUGAUCCUACAGAGAAAUGUACUUUUUCGCUUUCUUGCUGAGACUUAGAUGACUUUAUGAAGUUACAGCCACUAAGCCAGUUAUCUUAGCUUAUCUUAUCUUAAAGACUGGCAACAGGCCAAAACAGUUACUCUGGCUCCGUCCGAAGGUAACAAAAUACACCUACUAACUGAUUAACACAUUAUAUUUGUUUUGUCCAUACUGUGCUAGUUAGGAGAUUUUGUUAAAUUUGGACAGAGCCAGACAAGCUGCUUCCACAUAAACAGCUAGAUUGUAAACAGAUUAAACUGAACAUACGAUGUUUUGAAUUACUCUCAAUCUUCAUUCUUCAUUCUACUUUUGAAACAGCAGUGGGGAAAAGAAUCUGUUCUGGAGAUUUGCAGCUGGUUAGCCUAGAUUAGCAUAAAGACUGUCACUGCCCAUGGCCAUGAAAUAGUCCAGCACACAACCCUGGUAUUGAUCUCGGCAAGAAAGCGAGGAGCCCUACGUGGAUUUCCCAGCUUGUUGGACUAGUCCUCUAAAGGUCUGAUCAGACAUGAUGAUGCUGUUCGCUCCUCUCCUUUAUUUGAGGGUCAUCAUUGUAAGUUUCAUGUACCAUCUGAAAUGCUUUCCAUGUAUUCUUUGUAGAGCUGAUCAUGUUCAUCUGGUUAAUGGACAAACUACAUGUUAUGCUGUGCCCCAGCAAGCAAAUAUCUGCCAUUAGUAUUUCUAGUAAAUCUUCAUAAUUCAUAUUGGAAACUGAAACUCAAUCAAAUGGUGCCACAAUCAAUCAAUCAAAUAUUAUUUAUCUGUCAUUUUAACAAGGUACCGGUAGCCAUCCUAGGAGUCUUCAAUCCUGCUUUAAUCCUGCAGCAGCCAGUUCGGCUCAUUAUAUUUUUGGAUGUUGUGCAGCAGACCAAAUCGGUAUACUGCACUGUCUGACAUGGUCUGCUGCCAGGUCUUUCCAUGUGCCUUCAGAUGAUUGAGAAGAAAAUAAAUAUUUGAAUUGUGAAAGAAACGAAUCGUAGAGAUCACAGGAUGAGGGUGGAGCAACAAUGUGACUUCUAUGAUGGCUACAUUAGUUUUGGCUCAACCAGCAGAAGCUUUUUGUUUUGCUCUGUCCUUUAUAUCAUAACACACGUUUCCAAUGAGCAUUUACACACGCACUGUGAACAAUGAGUUACACAUUGUAAUCCUAUCGCACUGUAGUAGGAACAUCGUCUGUUUUGUUCAUACUAAAUGAUAGUGGAGGCAUUGUAACACACGAAGAAUCCAGCACUUACUGAUAACCUCAAGUGGAGAGAAGCUUUGAUAAGUAGAUUACUCUGAUGCCUUCGGCAGCUACUGUACUGUCACUCAGAAUGAUAAAGCUUAGUUUUUAACUCGAACGGUGCACAUAAAUCAUGUAUUUAACAAAAA